AUGUCUUGCUGCAACACCUGCUCCACCAGCUUCUGUGGUUUCCCCAGUUGUUCUACUGGAGGGAACUGUGGAUCUAACUGCUGUCAGGACAGCUGUGGAACUAGUUGCUGCCAACAGGGUGGCUGUGGAAGCAGCUGUGGUGCUAGCUGUGGAACCAGCUGCUGCCAACAGGGUGGCUCUGGGAUCAGCUCUGGGGCUGGCUGUGCACCUCCUUGUGAGACCACUUGCACAACCAGGUGUUACCAACCCCCAUGCUGUGGAUGUGAGAGCUGCCGCACCAGGUGGUGUCGGCCAGAUUGUAGAGUUGAAGGAACCUGCCUGCCAUCUUGUUGUGUGGUUAGUUGCACUCCCCCAUCUUGCUGCCAGCUGCAUCAUGCCCAGGCUUCUUGCUGCCGCCCAUCCUACUGUGGUCAGUCUUGCUGCCGUCCAGCCUGCUGCUGCUACUGCUGUGAACCCACCUGCUAAAAACCAAUUUACAAAUUUUAUGGCUGAGAUAUGAUUUUGAAAUUGACUAAGUACUCACAAACUCUUGG